AUCCUCUUUUCAAGGGUGUCUGGUGGUUUCCAUUUUCAUUGUUUUUCUGAAACUCUGCGGGAGCACUUCCACUCAUAUUCAUAGUUGAGCUAACCAACUUAUUGCAUAUGAGUUACACAAUAACAGAAUGAAGACUGUGCAGCUCGCACUCCUCUGUCUAUGGGUGUGGUGUCCAGCUACAGAGAGUUUAAUUGACAAAUGGGUGAAUUUAGGGGAAAAUGUGACUUUAGACUGUAAUCUUGGUAACAAAGAGAUUUAUUGGUUUUUCCUGAAACUGCCGGAUUCUCUAGUGGUGAUACUGCGAACUUUCACAUCAGAAUCUAUAUCGGCUCAUUUCUAUGACAAUCAAUUCAAGAACAAAUAUUCUUCACAAAAUUGGAGCCGUUUAAUUAUUAGUAAUAUAACAGCAGAUGAAUUAGGAAUAUAUUAUUGUGCAAAAACAGUCUCACUUCUACAGCUCAACAAUGGCACUAGACUUUACAUCACUGAAACUGGCCAAAUUCAGAAUGAGACAGAAUGCAACAAUCAUUCACAACAUCAGAAAACACAUCAGACUCUGACUGUAACAUCCAUCGCAUUGAACGGUCUGAUGUUUAUUACAAUUAUAGGUCUGUUAAUGCUCAGAUGUAAGAAGCCUUCAAAAACUCAACAACAAUGUCAGAAUGUUGAACCGGUGCACCUCGAGGACUUAAAUGUUGCACAGUAUUCUGAGAUCGAGUUCACCACAUAUUCCAGAGAAGAAAAGCCAAGUCAGAUCAAUGGUAUUUAUGAGCUUCUUCAGAAUCCAAAGCAAAAUCCUCAACACACAAACUUUCCCCUGCGGAUUACUGUGCAGGAAGAGAUGAUGUAUGAGUACUAACCUUGCUGAAAAAACUGUUUAAACCAGACUAAAAUGGUAAGCUGGUUUAAAAUGGUUUAGUUCAGGUUUCUUAACCUGGUUUUUAGCUGGCCUCCAUAUAUGCACAUCAUACAUGCCAUAAACCCCUUUAAAACCACCUAACUUGAUCUGCUUGGUUGCCAGCUAAGACUAGCAAACCACUUUAGGCUGGCUUAAGUUGUUUUUCAAACAAUGAAUUGCUUCAGUAAUAUCAUACAAAAUAGUUGUGUUGUGCACUUUGAUUUUUUAUUUUUCAAGGUUACCUUUUUAACUGUAAACUUUGACACUAGUGCAUGUUUUACCGUGAUUAUUGCUGGUAAAGUGUUUUGUGGUGGUGGGCAUAUGAAAGAAUCACAUGAUACCAGGUCAAACUAAUGACAAAAUGUCUAGACGAUGCAUUACGCAACAAUAACCUUCUGAAAUGUAACCAUGUUUAUGUAAAGCCAGUAAAAAGAACGUACAUCCUGUUACUGAACAAACAACAAGAGAACAACUUCAGCAAAAUUGCUGCAUUUCUCAAAGUCAGUAAAAAUACAAUAAUGAGUCCAGACAUUUAAUUUUUUUAUUUAUUUAAUUUUUUUUUUUUUACUAUUUCUAAUAAAACAAACAGCUAUUUUUGGCUGAUGGCAACUUUUUGUACAGCAGGGCUAUUGUAGUUUAAAAUGUAUUUUUCAUGCUUUUUUUGUACUUUCAUUUUAGUUUUGUUUUCAUUCAAUAACUGUCAGUUUCAGUGUAUUGUAGUUUCUUUUUUCAGUAUAUUUUGUUAUUUUAAUUAACACAUUAACUGCAAUUUGAUGUACACAUUUCAAUUUCAGAACAUACUGAAUUGAGUAAUCUUUAACAAAAAAGAAAAAGAAAAAACUUAAUAUUUUAAGUUUUGAAAAUUACACAAUUAAAUUUUGUUUCAAAUUUUGGUUAUGAAAUUAAAGUGCAGAAAUCGUAAAUAGUUAUCUUUAGUACAAAACUAAAUAUUUUAAGUUUUGAAAAUUACACAAUUUAAUUUGGUUUCAUAUUUUAUGAAAUUGAAGUGCAGAAAUCUUAAAUAGUUUUUUGUGUGUGGUAUGUUAAUCAGGACUAUCUAGUUGCAUUUAAAUGUUUAAGCUGGAUUGUCAUGGUUUCAAAUUUUAUGAUAUACUGUACAUAAAAAAUGACAAUUUAUAAUUUGAACAUUUUAAGUUAAUCUCGGAGUAAUGAAAAUGUAUUUUAUUUAAAAUUUUUCAUAUUAGUUUUCUUUAGCGAUAAUGACGCUGCUGUACAGUUGCAUGGUUUGACAAAUAAACACAUUAAAACUUC